GUGGGUGUGACAACCUCUGUUCUGCUCCUCACUACGCAGGAUGCUGAUGUGAUCCCAGGUCAACUCCAUAAGAGAGGGAAGCCAAGACUCCAUCCAAUUCUCUCAUGAGCCAAUGUGUGCUUUUGCUACACGGAUGUACACGCACAAAGCUUCAUGUUCACUGAUGACGGCAAGGGGAAUUUAUACAUUCUUGACUUCGGACAUGCCUCGUUCUUGCCUCUCAGCUGCAUGGCCUUUGCUCUGCGCCACCACCACCCCAGCUCCUGGCUGGUAGCAGACAUUCGGGACCGCGUUGGAUUGAUCGAGUGGAAGAUGGAUGCUGACAAAAACAAACGCCUGGAACGAAUGGCUUGGUUGCGGUAUGUCUUUGCCACGAGCAGCCAGAAAAUUGGUACGUACGGUGUGGGUAGCCGUUAGGGCUGCCGCUAACAUUAGAACAGGGCUCCCUCUAUAGGGAAUUACUUUCGUUCUCCG